CGCAACGCCCAGAGCGACCAUGACAAAGUUAACCCAGUGGCUUUGGGGACUGGCGCUCCUGGGCACUGCCUGGGCUGCCCUGACCAUGGGAGCUCUGGGCAUGGAGCUACCUUUCCCUUGCCAGGAAGUCCUGUGGCCACUGCCUGCCUACCUGCUGGUGUUCGCUGGCGGCUACGCCCUGGGCACUGUGGGCUAUCGCGUGGCCACCUUUCAUGACUGCGAGGACGCCGCCAGAUCCUGGAAGCCCAAGUGGAUUUAG